AUUAGAGACUAGAGAUGCUGGUGAAAUUAAUUUCACCAACUUCACUAAUUUAACAUUAAUUUCACCAAUAAUGGUGAAAUUAUUUCAUCGCUUCGAUAGCAUCUUUAUUAGUGGCGAUAAUGAGAU